AUGGCAGAACCACUAGACGACUCCAAGAUGGAGUUCUCAACCUCCAAAGAAGUGACUGUCGCACCGACUUUCGAAGACAUGCAUUUGAAGGAAAAUCUUCUACGAGGAGUCUACGCAUACGGUUACGAAUCGCCCUCAGCAGUCCAGUCGCGGGCUAUUGUACAAAUCUGUAAAGGUCGAGACACAAUUGCGCAGGCGCAAUCAGGUACAGGAAAGACAGCUACAUUUUCGAUCAGUAUUUUGCAGAUUUUGGAGACUACUGUAAGAGAGACACAAGCACUGGUCCUUAGCCCAACCAGAGAACUCGCAACCCAAAUACAAAGCGUCAUCAUGGCCCUAGGCGACUACAUGAAUGUCCAAUGCCACGCCUGCAUCGGUGGCACCAACAUCGGUGAAGACAUCCGCAAACUCGACUACGGCCAACACGUCGUCUCAGGAACCCCCGGCCGCGUCGCAGACAUGAUCCGCCGCCGCAACCUCCGCACCCGCCACAUCAAAAUGCUCGUCCUCGACGAAGCCGACGAACUCCUCAACCGUGGCUUCCGCGAACAAAUCUACGACGUCUACCGCUACCUCCCACCCGCAACACAAGUCGUGGUAGUCAGCGCCACUCUCCCUUACGACGUCCUCGACAUGACCACGAAAUUCAUGACCGACCCCGUCCGCAUCCUCGUCAAACGCGACGAAUUGACCCUUGAGGGCCUAAAGCAAUACUUCAUCGCCGUUGAAAAGGAGGAAUGGAAAUUCGACACCCUGUGCGAUCUCUACGAUACCCUCACCAUUACACAGGCCGUCAUCUUCUGCAACACCCGCCGUAAAGUCGAGUGGCUGACCGACAAGAUGCGCGAGGCAAAUUUCACAGUCAGCAGCAUGCACGGCGAAAUGCCCCAGAAAGAGCGCGACAGCAUCAUGUCCGAUUUUCGCCAGGGUAAUUCUCGAGUCCUUAUCACGACUGAUGUCUGGGCGCGAGGUAUAGAUGUUCAACAGGUUAGUUUGGUGAUUAAUUAUGACUUGCCGAGUAACAGAGAGAACUACAUUCAUAGAAUUGGAAGGAGUGGUCGGUUUGGUCGAAAGGGUGUGGCGAUCAAUUUUGUGACGGGUGAGGAUGUGAGGAUUUUGAGGGAUAUCGAGCUUUAUUAUAGUACGCAGAUUGAUGAGAUGCCGAUGAACGUGGCGGAUUUGCUUACUUGA